AUGAACACCCGACAAGUUAUCGAUGAGUCUGUGGGGCCACUCUCACUCUCUGCUACAUUCAACAAUGAUACCUCCUGCUUCGCAGUUGGGUUGGACACCGGCUUCUGUGUCUUCAAUACCGACCCAUGUGAGCUCAGAGUAUCAAGAGAUUUCAAUGCCGGCAUUGGGGUAGUCAAGAUGCUUGGCCAGACGAACUACCUAGCUAUCGUUGGCGGAGGGAGACAGCCAAAGUUCCCACAAAAUAAGUUGGUCAUUUGGGAUGACGCAAGACAGAAAGCAGUAAUUACGCUGGAGUUCCGCACCUCGGUCCUGGGCGUCCGACUGUCCAAGUCGCGCAUCGUUGUCGCCCUCCUCAAUAGCAUCCACAUCUUUGCCUUCUCGAACCCUCCGCAGAAGCUUUCAUAUUUUGAGACAACGGAUAACCCACUGGGGCUGGCUUGUCUAGGGCAGCAGGUGCUCGCUUUUCCAGGUCGGUCCCCGGGCCAGGUCCAACUGGUGGAGCUUGAGACGGGGAAUGUCAGCAUCAUCCCUGCACACAGCACGCCAUUGCGCGCGAUGACAUUGAGUCCCGAUGGCGAAGUGUUGGCGACGGCGAGUGAAGCGGGCACUUUGGUCCGGGUCUUUUCUACAGCUAACUGCACCAAAAUGGCCGAGCUACGACGCGGUGUUGAUCAUGCGGUGAUAUUCUCUCUUGCCAUUUCGCCCUCGAAUCUUCUACUGGCUGUAACUUCGGAUAAGUCUACCCUGCACGUGUUCGACCUUCCGCAUCCCCGACUACCGACGAACCGUACUCCAGCUGCAGCUUCCCCGACCGAAGAACAAACAAACCAGAAAUGGGGCAUUCUCGGAAAAAUUCCACUAUUGCCAAGGGUAUUCUCUGACGUGUAUUCAUUCGCAAGCGCCCACUUUGAAAUGGGGGAGGAAGCACCACCCGGCUCGCAUUAUGUCCCGCCACUGGGUAACUCAUACGGGAGCCCGUCGAAAGGCGUCAUAGGUUGGCGCGACGAUAGGACCAUUCUUGUUAUCGGCGCCGGCAGGGAUGGUCGAUGGGAGAAGUUCGUUCUGCGCGAAGGGGACGAUGGAAAGCGGUAUUGCCUGAGAGAGGGCUGGAAAAGAUAUUUGGGAGGCAGCUGA